UUAAAGAGUGCGGAUAAUCAGGCAUGCGCUUACGAAAACUCGCGUUGUGAAUACGUUUGAGCUUACAAGUUUUUUUGAUUUACUUAAAGUUACAGCAACUGAGAAAAUAAUAUUUUGUAGUUUAGGAAAAUUCAAAUAGAAGUAAAAGCAAAAAGUUAUUUCCUUUUUUUUUUUUUUAAUUUAUUUUUCAUACUUUUUUAACUUGCAUAUGAUUUAAUCUGGAAAAUAAAAAAUGUAUAAAACUGUACUUAUAUGUUUCGCCAUCAUGGUAUCAAGUAUUUCAGCUUUUUCAAAAGUAAUAAUACUGGGAGGCCUAUUUCCUGAGAAUGAUCUUACUCAGAAGGCAUUCAUAGAGUCGAUAAACGCAAUAAAUCAAAUGAGAAUUGAAACUGAAGAAUUUUCGGAUACUUUUUUCAAACCUGAAGUGAUCACAAUCACUGAUGAUGUAUUUGAAGUAUCUGAAGGAGUUUGUACGCUCGUUGGUCAAGGAAUUGCGGCCCUGUUUGGCCCCCAUGAUAAGGUAUCAUCGACUCACGUUCAAAGUAUGUGUGACACUAUGGAUUUGCCAAACAUUGUCGCGCGAUGGGAUUCAGAUCUUGUUCGCAUGAAGGCUAUCAAUUUUUAUCCACAUUCCGAAACACUUUCACUGAUUUACCUGUAUAUGGUAACGGAGUUCAAAUGGGAAAAAUUUACAAUAUUGUAUGACAGUACAGAAGGGCUUAUUCGUAUGAGUAAUUUAUUGCAAAGAUGGGAUACAAAAGGUUUUCCAGUGACCUUGCGUUAUUUGGGCGAGGGACCCAACUAUCGGCCUAUUUUAAAAAGAGUCAAAAAUUCAUACGAAGAGAACAUUAUUAUCGACUGCUCUUACGAUAUCCUCGAAGAAGUUUUACAGCAGUCCCAACAAGUUGGAAUUCUGUCUGAUCGCCACAAAAUAAUUAUAACGUCAUUGGACCUGCAGACAUUAGAUCUGGAUCCCUACAGUCACUCAGGCGCUAAUAUAACCGGAAUACGUCUUCUUGAUCCAGAGGAUCCCGAUUCAUUGUCAAUAUUUAACGACUAUUUGGGUAAAAUGGAACUCGAGGACUUGUCGAAAAUGAGAACAGAUUGGGCAUUGAUGUUCGACGCAAUUCAGUUGUUUUCCCGGGCAUUUAAGCAGCUCGAAGAAGCCGUCGAAGGUGACGUAAAAGCGUUAGCUUGUGAUGCUAUCGACAACUGGGAACAUGGAGCUUCACUGAGCAAUUUUAUUCGCUCUACUGAAAUGAAAGGACUAACAGGUCUUAUUAAAUUCCAUACCAAUGGAUUCCGCAGUGAUUUUAAGCUUAACAUUGUGAGACUCACUCCAGAUGGUUUGAAAACAAUUGGAAAUUGGAAUAGUACGAAUAGUGUAGAGUGGAUUUCAGAACCACCACCGGUAUUAGCUGAAGGCGAACUAGACUUAGCUAAUCAAACCUUUACUGUUGUGAUAUCGUUGCUCGCUCCCUUCAACAUGUUGACUGAAUCAACGACUACUAAAACGGGUAAUGAUCGUUAUGAAGGAUUUGCAAUAGACAUAAUACACGAAUUGAGUAAAAUACUGCACUUCAAUUAUACGUUUGUUGAACAAGUUGACAAAGUUACUGGUUCUCCUAACCCGAAAACGGGCAAAUGGUCCGGAAUGCUUGGAAAAAUUAUCGAUGGGGAAGCAGAUCUCGCUAUCACAGAUUUGACAAUAACUUCAGAUCGGGAAAAAGUCGUUGACUUCACGAUGCCUUUUAUGCAUUUAGGAAUAAGUAUUUUGUACAAAAAACCGGGAACAGCAGCACCAAGUUUAUUUUCAUUUCUAUCGCCGUUAUCAGGAGCAGUAUGGCUUUGUUUACUCGGAGCGCUGUUCGUUACAUCAUUAUUACUUCUUAUAAUUGGACGGAUAAGCCCCGCGGAGUGGAAUAAUCCGUAUCCAUGCAUUGAAAAUCCAGUAGAGCUAUCAAAUCAGUUUACGUUCUCGAACUGUCUUUGGUUCACUAUUGGAAGUAUUAUGCAGCAAGGAUCGGAAAUCGCUCCAAUUGGAGUAUCAACGCGAAUACUUGCAACUGCCUGGUGGUUCUUCUGCAUGUUAAUGACAACGUCAUAUACGGCUAAUUUAGCGGCCUUUCUCACGAUUGAAACCAUCGUGAGACCCAUUAAAUCUGCCGAAGACCUUGCUAAUUUGAAUGGCAAAAUUCCAUACGGCGCAAAACGUGACGGCGCGACCUUUAAAUUUUUUCAAAAUUUGGUUCAUCUAAAGGGUUCCAAUUAUUCGACGUACGUAAAGAUGUAUCAGUACAUGAAAGACCAUCCUGAAGUUAUGACAGUGGACAACGACGAAGGUAGAAUACGUGCUUCAAAUGAGGACUAUGCUUUUCUGAUGGAGUCGAGUAUGAUUGACUAUGUUGCCCAGAGGGACUGCAAUUUGACGCAAAUUGGCGGGCAACUAGACAACAAGGGCUACGGAAUAGCAAUGAGAAAAAAUUUUCCUUACAGAAAUAAAUUGAAUACAGCCGUACUACAAAUGCAAGAAAGUGGAAUCCUGUCGGAAUUGAAAAAAAAAUGGUGGAACGAAAAACGCGGCGGUGGUUCAUGUUCUUCCGAAUCAGCGGGAAGCGCAGUCAAAGAACUAACUCUAGACAACGUGGGAGGUGUGUUUUUGGUGUUGGUCGUAGGUGUUUCAUUGACGCUGGUAAUGUCGGCGUUAGAAAUGAUUACAGACGUAUUUUCUUUUUCUCGCAAGCAAAAAGUGUCUUUCAGACAGGAGCUCAAGAAAGAACUUAAGUUUCUCAUUAAGUGUCGCGGUAACGUAAAACCAGCAAGACACGCUCGAAGAACCUCAUCCCAGUCAGACAGUACACGAGAUACCUCUCCGCCUUAUGGUUUCGUGCCCACAGUAAUAACUACCACUCACCCCGAAGAGCCAUAAUCUGCCCACACACUUCUUGAAACUCUCCUAACAAACGAAAAAUAAAUAAAUAUCGACAGUAUUAAAAAAUAAUUAAGUCAACUGAAAAUAAGGUUGGAAAAUCCAAACGUGCACACCUCAUGUCACACUAGUGCUGCUGCGCCAGUAGUUGGUAGAAAAAAAAAAAAAAAUGGCAGCUGAAUUUUUUAUUAACUACCGGCUUUAAGAUUUUUUAUUAAUUAAAAUUAAACUAAAAGAAUUUAGAUAAUGAUUUUCAAUAAGGUUCUUACGUCAAAAAAUACAAAGCUAAUAAAAAAAAGUUAUGCCGAUUUUUUAAAUUUUUCGAGAAUUAUCGUGCAGGACAAUUGACUACCGGUUUCUUGGAUAAAAAUAAUUUAUUUUAAAUCAACCGAAAAAUAACUAGUCGAUUAAAUACCAGCCCGAAAUUAUUUCCCAACCCUCUAAAAAUGAAUUAGUGAAAUUCACUGCGAAUUAGUGGAUAGUCACUAUUUUUACAGAUAUAAGUAUACUUAUAUAUAGCACUAAUUCAACCAGUGGUACACUUAUAGCUGGUUCCCAGUGAAUAUUCACUAAUUCGAAGUGAAUUUCACUGAUUCCUUUUUAGAAAGAAUAAAUUGUCUUUGCACUAUUAUACAAUUCAACCGAUUUUAGUGGAACCAAAAAGAUGUAGAGAAAGAAUAAUUCCGAUCGUAAGGCGCAGGCUUGAGGUGUGCACUAAAAAAAUAUAAAAGUCUUAGGAUUUUAAAUAAAUGAUUAUGUAUCCAGCGGCUGAAAAUAAAUAAAUGAAAUGAAGAUUAAUAAAAAAAUAAAGUGAAAUAUACAUGUACAUCAAGAUGCCUGGGACUGACAUACGUGCUAUCUGGAGAAAUCAAAGUGAUGCGCCUUUUACCUUUAACAGACAUACAAUCGCCGCAACUAUUCUCUCUCUCUUGGGCUGUACCGCGAGGUAUUGAGAAUUGAGAGCACAGUAUGCAGUGUGCGCUCGUCUCUGUACCACUGUCUUUUUACUCCACAUCCACUACUUAUUCUCAGUCUCAGUCUCAGGACUGGAUCAGAUGCUGGACUUGGCCGAGAUAUUUUUCAAACGGAUCACGGAGCACAGCGGCGCCUACGCACGGCGUGCAUAAAAUCCCCCCCAAGGCAAACGAUACGAAUCGGUUUGCGUCCAAACUGUCCUUGUCUUGUCUUAUAUGCGACCGUCGACAGAUACGCGAUUCUGUACACUGUGCUACAUACUCUUCACAAACUUAUUCUGCUACUUGCGUAUGUAUGCACUCGGAGAUUUUUAUUUUCCUGUGGACACGCGACGAGAUUUAUCUCCCUAUCUAUAUAUACCUUUUAUAAAUAAUAUACAAGUAUUGGCUGGUUAUUAAAGAAUUUAUCGUCGAUUAAAAAAAUAUUUUUUAAUUUAAAACUAAUAAAUUUUAUUAAUUUACAUUUUUAAAGUCUUGUAAGGUACACGCGAGGGCUCGAUAAUUAUUUUAAAAUUUUUACUGCUGAUAGAGGAUCCUUGGAUAAUGAAGCAAUGAGAAUCGGCACAUACUUUUAUACAUAGACGAGUGAUAUGAGCCAGUGAGAGGGAGAGAGAGAGAGUGUGAAUAACAAUUUUAGUUACAGCGUGACCAUCCAUGGAUAAAGUGAUUUCAGGCGUCGUAAGAUUAGCGAGGUGAAUUCACGCAAUGCAAUGCGUGAAGGAGUAUAUAAUAGUAGUAGUUUACGGUGCAGGUUGAGCUGAGGUGAGCUGAAGAUGUAUAGCAGUGGAAGCUGUUGGUGAAGUUGAGCCAGGGGUGAAGUUGAGGUAGAGGAGUUGAGCUGUAGAGGAUUGUGGAGGUUAAAUUUUUAAUGCCAGCGAGGAGAUGUUAUGGUGUAAGCCGAUGGAGGAGGAGAAGGAAGAGAUCGAGUAAGCGCGAAAGAAAAUUUUCUUUGAGAGACGCGCGUCAGGCCGACGAGGUGUACACUUAUCGCUGAGCCGCAGAGACGCCAAACUACUAUUAUUAAAGUACGAUAAAGUUAUGUUCUAUAUAUGCUGGUAAUCUAACAACAAAUCUAUCUAUAUAUAUAUAUAUAUAUAUAUAUAUAUAUAUGUAUAUAUGUACAUGUAUGUAUGGUGUUAAAGAGAAAACAGAACCGUAUGUAAUGUAACAGAUUUUACUACAAAGUUAUAAAAGAUAAAAAAUUACGAACGUGGAAUAAUCCAAGCAAUUUCUUCAACUAAUUCGUAAUAUAUAUGAAUGUAUAUGAUGAUAUAACAGAACAAAAACCAGGAAAUCUAUUUGAGUGUUUUUAAAUUUAUAAAUAAAUGAGAAAAUUGAAGGAGCAUCAAGAUUUUAUUUUAUAAAAUACAAAAGCAAGCCAAGUUUAAGUUUUAUUUUUAAUAAAUGAAAAACAGAUAUUAAGAUAUGAAAAGUCACAUUGUUUUAAAUUUGACUUAAAUUUAACGUGACUUGAAUUUGACUUAAUUGACUUUAAAUUUUAAGUUAAAAAAGUCAUAUUGAAAUUUAAAAAAGUAAAUGUAGACAAAAUCAAGUUAAUUAAGUCAAAUAAGUCAAUGAGGUCAAAAUCAAGUUAUUUUUUUUUAAUCUGGGAUGUAAAAAAAAAUAUUUUAAGUCUUUGGGUUUUCAUCUUUGAUUUAAAAAUUUUAUAACAUCGAGAAAAAUUGUUGUAUUUUUUAUGUAAUACACUGUCAAAAGCAGGAGUUAAUUCGGAGUAAUUACGAAUUUUAUUUAAAUCCGAAUUCACUCUGUCACUCAGAGUUUCGGAGUUUUAGAAAAAAUCACUCCGCUUACGAAGUGAUCCCACUAUUUUUUUACAGUCUAAUAAAAUUUGAUACUUGCUUUUGUUUAUUGAGAUUUUUUAAAAAAUUUUCUAAUGUUAAAUGUUUGUAAAAUAAUUUAUAAUGUGAACUGACACUUAUAAAAAAAUUUGUGUGCUCCAAUUUAAA